GCAGUGAAGCUACCAGAACAUAGCUUGUGAGUCGCGAGUCAAGCAAAACAUUACCUGCAUCGCUGUGUAAAUUUGCUGCUCCUUCAAUGAUCAAGUAAGUAAGUCUUGAUGAACUGAGAGCUGAAAGUACAGUGUCCUGCAGCCUUUCAAUAAAAAGAUAAGAUGGCCGUGCGAGGAGCUGCUCUGCAGCAUCAGCUGAGAGAACUUGUUUUGUCUAUCAUCCCUCCCCUGUCUGUGACGAAUCACAAAGGGCAAAUGGGUCGAGUGGCUGUAGUCGGUGGAAGUAAGGAGUACACCGGUGCUCCAUACUAUGCUGCUAUAUCUGCACUGAAACUGGGUGCUGAUCUGUCGUUUGUGUUCUGCACGGAAAAUGCGGCAGUGCCAAUCAAAACCUACAGCCCCGAGCUGAUUGUCAUUCCUAUGCUUGACUCUGACAGUGCUAUGGAUGUGAUGAAGUCACACUGGCUACCUCGUCUACACGUUCUUGUUGUUGGUCCUGGGCUUGGCCUUGAUCAGCAAGUUCGUGAUGUGUCCUAUAACAUUGUGAAGGAAGCCAUUGAUCGGUCAUUGCCUCUUGUUGUUGAUGCUGAUGGUCUUGGAUUACUGAUUGACAGACCAGACAUGCUGGAUUGCUGUAGUACAGCAAUUCUCACACCAAACAUUGCUGAAUUCAAACGUCUGUGCAAGAGUCGGCUCGACAAAGACGUUAGUGAGUACAGUGAUCUCGCAGCUGCUGUCUUAGCCUUGGCAAAGACUUUAGCGAAUGUAACCGUUGUGCUGAAGGGACCGGUUGACAUCAUUUCUGAUGGAGAAAAGGUUCUAACAUGCGAUGUACCGGGGACAUUGCGUCGGUGUGGAGGUCAAGGUGAUGUCCUGUCUGGCUCAAUGGCUACCUGGCUGCACUGGUCCCAUCUAAGUGUUACUGGUGCUAGCACAGGCCCGCCCACAGGCUCCACUGAAGCUGCUAUUUCUCACACAAAAGCAGCAACGGCAAUAUUGGGAUCAGCCACUACAGGAUCUAGGCCUACUGUGGCUAGCUCUGGACAGAUGUCUAGCGGACAGUAUCAUAUGGGCAGGACUCUAUUGCAGCAUUAUGGACCUGUCGUGAGUGCUGCUUACGCGGCCUGUUCUUUCACACGCAUGUGUGCUCACCUGGCGUUCGAUACACACGGCCGCACAAUGACAACUCCCAACAUCAUCGAAAGCUUUGCCAAUGCUAUGGCAACACUGUAGCGAGCAAGUUCUGGCAUAUGUACACCUGGUACACCACCUGCCUAUAGCUAUGUGAGUGUGUGUAUCACUACACUGUAGGCAAGUUCUGGCAUAUGUACACCUGGUACACCACCUGCA